GAGAAACACCAGGCAACCAAUACAAGGUUGAAAAAGCCUUAAAGAGCUUAAACGCCUCACCAGACCUCUAUACAAAUUAUGAAUGGCUACAUACUAAAGGAAUUCUCAAUAAGAAAAAGGACAUAAUGUGGUGGCUGGCCCAUCAAGCCUUGCCUCUUGGCUAUCGACUUCUACAUAUCAGCCAAAAUAAUCUCGGAAACUGCCCCAACUGUAUACAUACUACUCAAACGCUUGAACACUUUGCCUUAAAAUACCCUCUAAGCAAGAUAAUUUGGGAAACAGCUUACAAAUUCCUCAAGUAUGCAGCCGAGCCAAUCCCAUCUACAAUAGAAAACAUCUUUCAAGCCACCAACAUAACAUCAACCCAUAAAAGAAAAACAGCUAUAUGGAUACACAUAACUGCCAUCUACGAAAUUUGA